AUUUAUUUUCUAUAUUUAUUAAUCCUAUUUGUACAAUAAUUACAAUCAAAAAUCAUUUGGUUGUUUAUCAAAAAAAAAAAAAAUUUCUUUUUUUUUUUUUUUUUAAUUAUAUUAAAAAAUAAUAAUAAAUAGAAAAAUAAAAAAGAUAAAUAACACUCCCUCACAUUAAUAAAAUACACAAUAACACACACCAAUAACAAAACUCAAACACACACAUACACACACACACACACAAAUUAUCUCACAUAGAAACACCCAUUAUUAAAUCAUAAAAAAAAAAAAUUUAUAGUUUGGGUUAUUAAAGAAAAAAAUAUUUAUAAAUACAAAUUUCUUUUAAAUUAUUGUUAUAUAAUUUAAUUUAAUUUUAAUAAAAAUGUCAAAUCCUAUGUCAAUUAGUAAUAGUACAAGUGUUAGUAGUAAUGGUUUAAACGGGGAAUGUGUAUCACCUUCAAGUAGAUUAAGUUCCUCACCAAAUUCAAAAUCAUCAUUCGAUUUACACGGUAAAAAAACAUUAAAAAGCAAUGUUGUCAAAUCAUUAUUAAAUAGAUCAAACUCAGGUACAAGUUUAAUGAAUAGUGGAGGUAUUAGAAGAACACCAAUUUCAUCACCAUCCAACUUUCAAAAUAUAUAUACAUCACAGGAUUUAGAGAAUGAUAAUGAUAUGGCACCAGAUUCACCAAAAUCAUAUCGUGAAUCUAAAGACCAUAGUAAUAGUAUUGGUAGCAGUAGCGGCGGUAAUAUAGCAGCAGCACAAGCAGCAGCAGCAACCCAGGAUAAUGGUGCAAAUAAAAUUGAUAAAUCAUUGUGGACUGUUAGAUCAUUAAAAGAGCACCCAGAGGUUUUGGAUUUAAUGGAAAGAGUAAAACCAAUUAACAGAGCAAUCUCUUUUGGUCAAACUUAUGCCUCUGAAGAGACCCAGUUUGAUUUCGACCCUUUAAUUGGUCGUGACACAAUGUUACAAUUAAUUCUUCAACAUUUACAAUUCGAAGGUUUAAAUACCUCAAGAAAGCUUUUGGAAGAAGAAGCAGGUGUAAAAUAUCCAGAGUACGCAAUUAGUGAAAGUAGACUUUUAACAUUAUUAAGAGCAUCAAUUAAAGAUUCUGACAGAGUUUUCCAAUUAGCAUUAGAUGAUAAAAAUAGAGAUUCACAACAACAAUUAGAAGAGCAUUUAGCAUUUCUCAAUUUAUUUAAAGAUGAAAAAACGACUGGAGCAACAACAGGCACAAAUAUAGACUCGCCAAAUCUUAACCAAUCUAUGAGCUCCUUAUCUUUAUCAUCAUUUUCAAUCUCACAACCAAAAUCAAUCGAACCAAAUAAACCUCAAGUUAAAGCGGCAUCAUUAAACAAAUUAGUAAUUUUAUUAACACCAGAAAACAACCACGAUCUAGAAUAUACCAAAACUUUUCUUCUCACCUAUCAAUCAUUUACAACUCCAGAAAUUCUUUUAGAAAAAUUAAUCCAACGUUAUCAUGUACCACAAAAGCCUGGCCAAUCAAUCGAGGAAUGGAAAAAGAGUGCUGUACCAAUUCAACUUCGUGUUGCUAAUGUAAUUAGAACUUGGAUCAAGGAUUAUUUCUCUGAUUUCAAUGAUAGAUUAAUUCAAAAUGUAAAAUCACUUUAUGAAAAUAUGAGACAAUCUGGUAAUAUGUCACAUGCUAAAAUUUUAUCUGAAGCAUUAAAUUCAAAGAUUAAAGGUAUUCCAUCAACAGCAGAUGAAAGAAAAGCUCCAACAGCAGUAUUCACAUUACCAGCACCAGAGCCAAAGGUACCAAAGAAUAUUUGGUCAGCAAGUUUAGAUAUUUUCUCAGUUGAAGAAGAAGAGAUUGCAAGACAAUUAACACUUAUGGACUUUGAAAUCUUUUCAAAUAUUAAAUCUACAGAAUUGUUAAAUCAAUCAUGGAAUAAACCAAAAUUGCGUUAUCGUUCACCAAAUGUAUUAACUCUUAUUAACCGUUUCAAUGAAAUUUCACAAUGGACAGCAACAUCAAUUCUUUCAUAUGAGAGAGUUAAAGAUAGAGCUAGAAUUAUGGCAAAAUUCAUUAGAAUAGCAGAGUAUUCCAUGAAAUUAUUAAAUAAUUUUAACACUUCUAUGGCCAUUCUCUCUGGUUUAAACGCCUCAUCAGUUCACAGAUUAAAAUUCACCAAAGAAGAAAUGCCAAAACAUACCCAACAAGUCUACGCAGAAUUACAACAACAACUUUCAAGUUCUCAAUCAUAUAAAGAAUACCGUGCUCUUUUAGCUAAAGCCAAUCCACCAUGUUUACCAUAUCUUGGUGUUUAUUUAACCGAUUUAACUUUCUUUGAAGAAGGUAAUCCAGAUUUCAUUCAAGGUUAUAUUAAUUUCGGUAAAAGAAAAUUAAUUUAUGGUUCAAUCUCAAAUGUUCAAAGUUUCCAAAAUGCAAAAUAUAAUUUACAACCAGUAUAUCAAAUUACAAAAUUAUUAAAAGACUUUAAAUUAUCAACCGAAAAUGAAUUAUAUAAACAAUCAAUGAAAGUUGAACCAAGAAAUACAGAGCGUAACGAAAUUCAAUAAUACAAAUUAAUAAUAAAAAUUCUAUUUAUAAAUAAUAAUAAUAAUAAUAAUAAUAAUAAUAAUAAUAAUAAUAAUAAUAAUAAUAAUAAUAAUAAUUUAAUACACCAUAUUUAUAUAGCAAUAAUAAUGCUUUUAAUUAAUAUUUAUUAGUUUCUAUUAUUCGAUUUUAAAUUUUAAAAGUAAUAAUAUAAAAAUUUAAUUUAUAUAAAAAAAAUAAAAAAAUUUAUUGUAUCUCUAUU